UUUUAAAACAGUGUUGUUUUUCUUUAGUUAAUAAUCGUCUCACGUGUUUUCCGUACAUAAUUCUUACAUUUAACAUUUUCUUAAUUGUAAUUUCAAGUAUAAAAAAGCAAUACAAACAAUAUGAGCAAUUAAAGGGGGAGGGAGGAAUAAUGGUAACUUGAAUUUGACGUUAUUUUUAUCGAAAUUAAUCCCCCCCCCCUAAGAAGAAAACGCCGUAGAAACAAAUUCGUGUUUUUGAAGAAACGGCUAAAUCCAACUGGAGAAUCAGAGCAGAGUCUGAGAAAGGGUAUGGAUGGAUGGGUAGUUGGCGGAAAAGUUGUGCCCGAUGGUCGUGCUGGUUUGUUUGUCGGAAGGGGUGCCACGAAGGGUGGUGGAUAAACCGUGGGGCAGAGCCGUUGCAUGGCGCUCCGGUCGGCUUCCAACCCCUGACGGAGGCGGUUCUCGAGGGUUGGAAGUGAUGACGAAGGGUGUGCAAAAGCAGGGAGGGGUCGGGGUAGCUACCGCUAUUGAGUCCGUGUUUCAGUCGCCUACCAGCUGCCGUUCCUCUUUUCUCUUUGCUCCGUUCGUACUGCCCGUCAACGAAUAAUAGUAUAUUUAGCUUCAAUUCGGUCCAAAGCUCGUCAACCGAGUCUAACCGGAAACAGUUUCUGGAUUUAUUGAUUUUGAAGGCCGGCCGGAGUCUCCUAGUUGUGUUAAGGGUUAAAUUUACACAACACAAUAGGAGACACCACUGGCUGCCGGCGUUCUUCACUACUGCAAUCAGCAUCGACUCUCACACAUCACAUUUCAGAAAUGGAAGUUCGGCCAGAAGGGAAAAACUUUCGACUGGUCAAAGUAGAGGAGCUUCCAGAGAUACAAGAAUUUUUGUCCAAAUUUUUGCCUUAUUCGCUCAAGUUUCACCAAACGAUCCUGACCUAUUUGAAGGACAAAGUUUGGGAUUUUUAUUUUUACGUAGCCAAAGACUGGCCCUCGGACCCGAUAAUUCUUCAUUUCCCGGGAAUGACGAGUACGCCAAACAAUCAGAUGUAUGAAAGUUUCUCAGUGUUUUGCCCUGUCGAGAGGCUGGAUUGUAUGGAACUUCUGAGAACUGAAGAUGUCUUGAUUGAUUGGACACAGCCGAUUUACCUCAAUUUCACCCAUAUCGAUGUCGUCAAAGCUAUUGGAAAUUUUGAAUCUGUUGGAAAAGUUGAUAAAAUCGAUGGAGAUAUUUAUGUGCAAACAGAUCCUCCUCCGGAAGAGCUUGUACUCGAAGAUUUACAAGCUGAUGAAUAUGAGGUGCUCGAGCUGAAAGAAGAAAACGCAAAAGCGAUACACGACCUGUAUCCUGCAAAUGAUAUGGAAUGUGUUGAAGUAUUCGAAAGGUUGAUCCGCAUUCUUCCAGCGUAUGGCGUCUUCACAUCAGGUGAAAAAGGAGAUCUUGCAGCAUGGAUGGUCCAAUCAUAUUAUGGUGCCAUGUUUUCGAUGCAGACACGUCCAGAAUACAGGCGGAAGGGAUUCGGAAUACGUCUCGCUAGUGCAUUAACACGAAAAGUCCGUUCUAGGGGAUACAUACCAUUUGUAGUUAUACGUCCGGAAAACGAUGCUUCUCUUAGCCUGUACAAUAAACUGGGCUUCAUCAGAAGUUACCCUACUGCCAGGGCAGUCAUUUAUCCUAAAGUUCCAGAAAAACAUGAAAUUAUAGAAGAGGAAAAGGAUAAAACAGAGAAAGAAGUCAAAGAAGAAGACUAAAACAUUUUUUAUCCAUUCCUUUGAGUCAUACUGCCGUAUCAUCUGUGAUAAUUACCUCCCGAGUUUGUCCCUUCAUUUACUGGGUAACAAGUUAAAUUCUCUUAAAAAUGGUAGUUUAUUUACAUCCCUAUUUUAAUAACAAUAUUUAUUUUUUACUUUCAUUGCGAUCUUCCUUGAAAAGUGUUUUGUAUAAGCAAGUCAAUUACUCAUGGAUGAAAUAUAUGCUUUCUAUUAGUGCCAUUACUAUAAUACAACAAUUGUUUCAAAUUUAAGAACAAAACUAUAAAAAUAUUGUGUAAAUUUAACUUGUUCUUAAAUAAAUCCAAUAACUCAAGCCAAACUAGUUUUGGGAUUUUACAAAGGAAAUUAAUUAGCUGAAAAUUUAAACAUAUCAAUAGUUAAAAAAUAAAUAAACAAAAACACAAAUGAAAAAAUGAAAAGAAAACUCAAUAAAAAAAUUAACAGAAACAAUAAUUCAAAUAUUUAAAAAUCUAAUUAGCUUAUCAAAUCUGUUACAAGUUUGUUCUACUUUCAAAAAAUAUCAUUAGUGGGUUCCAACAAAAUCUCCAAAUAUAUUUUUAACAAUAACCCUAGUAAGCGAAAAAAUACACUUGCAAGUCUUCAAAAUCACUCAUAGCUCUUAUUCAUAUGUAGUUAUCAUAAAUCCUUUGACGUCUUCUAUUAUUGAUAUGUUUUAAAAAGUUGUGUAUUUAAGAAACAAUAGAAAAAUCCAUACCCGGUGAUAAUAUCCAUUUUCUUGGUUUUCAUGCUUAUAUGGCCUGGGUAUUAAACCCAAUUGCUCAUUUUUAGCCAUUGCCAGACAGUGAACUAACAUUUUUCUGCAUUUUACAAUUAUCAAUCUCUCUACUGUUGACAUUUUGCCAAAAUCUUGUAUUAACAACUUCCAGUAACCAUUUACAUAGUUUAAAAUUGUAUAUCUUGUAUCUCAAGAUUCAGCAACUAACCUGUAGAUAUAAGCAGUAAUUUAGUUCUGGCUGGUUGGUCCCAACAGCAGAGUUUAAUCUCUUGAUCAUAAUGAUUCACUGCCACAAACAGAAAAAAAGAAAGUAUAAUUUUUUUUAGCAAUUAUUCUUGUAGCUAGUAUGACAUUAUUGAACAAUUUUUACAUUAAAGCCAUUUUGGUAUAUCACGUAAAGCAUAACAAUGCAAAAUGAAAUGAUUCUAAUUGUGACUUGUAGCAAUUCCUACCACUUUUGCCAAAAAUCUUACAUGAUAGAUAUAGAUUGACUAGCUUGCCUAAUCAGGUAUACAGCUUGAUAAAUCCCCUUGUAUUCUGUUAAAAUAGCAAUUUCUUUCAACUUGAAAUAAAAAUAAUUAUAAUUACAAUAUAAUUUUUAAUUAUAAUUAUAAAUAUAUUAUUAUAAUUCAACUUGUUAUCACAUGCUGUAGUGUUCAAGUACCAAACAAUAUUAAGUAUUUCUUUUUUCAUGUGCCUUAAGUCCACACUGUCUCUACUUCCAAUGACAACUUGAAACUUCCCAAUGGUCACACACAAAUACAACUUAAUUUAAAUUUACCAGGGCUUUCAUUGGUAAGGGAACUUUUAAAAUUAUAUAUAUAUAUAUAUAUAUAUAUAUAUAUAUAGGCUGGUUUAGUGUAUUGUUUUUCAGUUAGAUGUGUUUAGAUUAUCUUGUGUCUAUACUUCUAAGAAAUCAGAGUGAAAUCCGUCCUUGCUUAUGCUUUCUUUCCCUCGGCACGAAUAAUUUAAGAAAAGGCCUACACAAUGGCAUUUAUGGUUGUGCUAUGAGAACCAUAUAAAAACAUUGAAUUUACAUAGUUUAACCCUACUACUUAAAUUUAAAUGUGAAUUAAAAAAUAAUUUCUUACACCCUACCCUCUAAAUAGGACAAACUUAUAAAUGUAAAUAUUCUAAAUAAUUAUUUAAAAUGUUUUAAUAAAAUUUCAAAAUAAAGAAAAUAAAUCGGCGUGUGACUCAACGGAAAGGUAACAUCACAUUUUUUAAAUGAUUUUCUGUUAUGAACAAAGCCCCAAAAAUGAAACUUAGCUUUUUGUACUUUCCACUUCAUAAAAUGUUUGCAAAAAAAUUAAACAAAUACAUACCAUUGUAGUCCAGGAUUAGGUGAUAACUGAACACUUUUGUAUUUUCUUAGCAGGGGAAUUUAUGUUUAAUUUAUUUUUUAUACUUUUUAUGUUAAAAAUAGAUAGA